CAGCAACUCAAUCAACAUAUUCACACACACAUACAACAUUUACACAAAACUUACAGAGUCGACUUUUAAAAGUUAAAAGAGGUGAAGGCUGCAAGAUAAAAUAAUAAUACUGGAAUAAUUAAGACAAGAUUUUAUAAAGUUUUACUGUGCGUUGCAUAAUUGCAGCUAAAGAAUUCCAUAUUCUUCGUUUAUUCAAUCAAGACACCAAAUAGAAAGCAGCGAAACAGUUGAAGUAGACCGAAAAUUUGAAUAACUUAAUCAGGUUUUGAAGAUUCUACCACAGUCUAUCGAUGACAAACGAAACUACAAAAUGCAAGCCCCAACAGGAAGAGUCUGAACAUGAAGACUCCUUACCAGUUCCACCAGAUGGUGGAUACGGGUGGGUGAUAGUAUUCGCUUCCUUCAUAUGCAACAUGAUGGUAGACGGCGUUACCUACUGCUUUGGAAUUUUCCUUCCCGAUCUGGUUACACACUAUCAUUCCACAGAAGCAAAAGUGGCUUGGGUAGGAUCGAUUUUAGCUGGUGUAACCAUGUGUACUGGACCCAUAGUCAGCGCUGUAACGAAUAAAUAUGGGUGCCGAGUGUCUUGUAUGGCCGGUGCAGUAAUCGCUGCAACAUCAUUCGCUCUCUCCGUUUUCAGUCCAUCCGUCGAAGUCCUGAUGCUUAUUUAUGGAGCGGGAGGUGGCAUAGGCUUCGGAUUAAUGUACGUACCGGCGGUCGUGUGUGUAGGAUACUACUUUGAAUCAAAAAGAUCUUUAGCGACAGGUAUGGCAGUGUGCGGGUCUGGUUUUGGAACAAUCGUAUUUGCGCCGUUUGGAAGGUUUCUUCUGGUCAAUUACGGAUGGAAGGGAGCUAAUUUAGUGUUGGCUGCGUUAUGCCUCACGUGCACUAUUUUUGGAUUCUUAAUGAAACCUUUAGAAUAUAAAAAACCAGAAAGAACAGUUACUAUGGUGUACCAAAAUGGAACAGCAGAUAUCACCAAUGAUAUGAAAAAGAGUUACACAAGUUUGGGCGACUUAUCCGCAUCCAGACAGUCACUUGCAAGUAAAAAGAGUCAAGCACUACCACCAUUAGCAAGACAAGAUGUUUUGUAUGCAGGAUCUAUAAGAAAUCUAAAGGAAUUUCAGUCUCAGAAAUCCUUGCAUGACUUCAGACAAAGUAUGCUCAGCAUACCAAAACAUAAAUCCAGAUAUGGUGGGAAAGCACUUUCUGGAAUCAGCAAAGUUUUUACCGAAUUGCUGGAUUUCAGUUUGAUGACCGACCGAGUAUUUAUUAUCAUAGCACUAUCCAACGUAGUAGGGUUUAUGGCUUUGUACAUUCCCUUUGAUUUCUUGGUCGAGGCUGCAGUAAAAGAUGGCAUAGACAAAUCGAAAGCAUCUCUGCUUAUAUCUUUCAUGGGUAUAACCAACACAGUGGGCCGUAUAAUUUGUGGAUUUGUAGCAGAUUUUCCCAAAGUAAAUACUCUUCUCGUUAAUAAUAUUUGUAUGAUAAUUAUGACCAUAGCUAUUGGUUCGGCUGGAUUUUGCCACGACUAUUUAUCUUAUUCAGCAAUGGCGCUUAUCAACGGAUGUGCUAUGGCCGGAUACAUCUCACUGACAUCAAUCCUUCUGGUCGAAUUCUUAGGAUUAGAAAAACUAACAAGUGCAUUUGGACUACUCAUCUUAUUCAGAGGAACUGGAGCUCUGAUCGGACCACCAUUACACGGAAUCAUCAUCAAUUCAUCUUCGUAUUCCUAUGGUUUUAUGGCAGCCAGCGGUUUCUUUGCCAUCUCAACCAUACUCUCUUUUAUUAUCCCAAUAGUACAGAAGAGUGCUAGUAAGGAAAAAAUAAUCGUAAACGAGGAUCUGAUGCCCGUUAACGGAAAAAUCGAAGAAGGAGUAUAAAGAUAGGUUUAUUAACACGUUGACUACUCACUGCUUAAAGCUUGAGCUGAAUGCUUAUGGCUUGGAGCGCCGUUCUGGAAACUCGUCUAGCUUUCAUGAGUUUAUCGUUUAUGAUGGAAGGCUAGAGUCAGUAUGAACAAAGCAAUAAGAGCAGGUAAGAAUACUUAAAUGGCUUGAACAGACAAUGCCUUCAAGAAUGCGAUUCUUUGACGAACACAAGAUCCGCAUUCAUUUGACGAAGAGAUUGUGUUAUACUAUGACAAUGAUAAUCGGCUAACAAUGAGUUGUACUAAAGUAAACGAAGCACCUAUUUUUUAUGAUGUGGUUUAAAAUAGAUUAUUUUGUACACAGUUAAUUAAACAUAGAAAUUAGUAUAUUUAUAUGCUUUAACAAAAAUAAAACACAAUUAAAAUUAAACUUAUCUACAGAUAUUGUUGACAUUAUCUCUGACAAUAUUAAAAUAAACAGUUAUAAAAAUUGGGGAUAUAAGUUCAAAAAUCUCAAAAUAUUUAUAAACUGGUAACAAUCUUUAACUUUUACACCCUAUAUUGUAAACCGCCAGCAUAAAGUUCUAUACAAACACCUUUAAUUAAUGUUUAAUGUUACUGUGUUCUCUUAUUUACAAUGGGUAUCUUAAUUCCUGUGUAAAUACAAUUCGUACUUGUGGUAUUUACAAUGUACGCCUUUUAAAUAAUUCAUAAAUAAAUUAUAAGACAAACAGUGAAUGUAGAAGCUUGCAUUUUAUGGAAAUUCUUGCUAAAGGCGUAGCUGCACGUUUUCAAAUAAGAAGAUAUGUAUAUAUAUAUAUAUAUAUAUAUAUAUAUAUAUAUAUAUAU